AGAGAACAUCAUGGCGAGUGAGAUGGUGCUGGACCGGAGCUCGGACACUGCCACAUCCUCCAGUUACCGGCACUUUCGUGUCCGGCAUUUCCACCUGGAGCUGCGGGUGGAUUUCGAGCGGAGGCAGCUGCAGGGUCGGGAGGUGUUGGAUCUGAGCUGUGUCCGGCCUGAGGGCGGGGGUCCGGAGCUCUGCCUGGACUCUCACUCCAGUGUCAGUGUCCAGUCGGUGUCGGUGCGCCUCGGUGACCCAGAAGGCCCACUCCGGCCCGUGUGCCACAAGGCCCAACCCUUCACCAGCUAUGGCUGCACCCUGGUGCUCACCUUACCCCGCCCGUGCCAAAGCGGUGACCAGCUGCAAGUGGUCAUUGACUACACGGCCACCGAUGGACCCGGGAUUUCCUGGCUUCAUCCAGUACAGACUGCCAACAAAGAGAAAGCUUUUCUAUAUACGUCUGGCUUUCCUGUGCUGAAUAGGUCUUUUUUCCCCUUCUUCCACACCCCAGCCAGGAAGAGCACAUACUCUGCUGCCGUGCAGGUUCCUAAAGGCUUUACAGCAGUUAUGAGUGCAACUAACUGGGAUCACGAUGAAGAGAAAAACAUAUUCCACUUCAAAAUGCAACACCCAAUUCCUUCAUAUCUUGUUGCUUUAGCAGUUGGUGACAUUGUCUCUGCUGAUGUUGGACCAAGGAGCCGUGUCUGGACUGAACCCAGUCUGUUAGAAGCUGCUAAAGAAGAAUAUGAUGGUGUGAUUGAAGAUUUCUUGAAAGUUGGUGAAAAGCUAUUUGGGCCAUAUGUAUGGGGAAGGUAUGAUCUUCUCUUCAUGCCUCCGUCUUUCCCAUUUGGUGGGAUGGAGAAUCCCUGUCUUACGUUUGUUACUCCAUGUCUGUUGGCUGGAGAUCGUUCAUUGGCUGAUGUCAUCAUCCAUGAGAUUUCUCACAGCUGGUUUGGCAAUCUUGUAACAAAUGCCAACUGGGGAGAUUUCUGGCUUAAUGAAGGCUUUACAAUGUACGCUCAGCGGAGAAUUUCAACAGAACUUUAUGGUGCGGCAUAUACUUGUCUUGAGGCUGCUACAGGGAGAGCCUUGCUUCGUCAACAUAUGGAUAACACAGGGGAGGACCAUCCACUCAACAAACUGAAGGUCAAAAUUGAACCAGGCAUUGAUCCUGAUGACACAUAUAAUGAAACUCCGUAUGAGAAGGGCUAUUGUUUCGUGUCAUAUUUGGCUCACCUUGUGGGUGAUCAGAACAAAUUUGAUGCAUUCCUUCGGGCUUAUGUGAACAAAUUUAAGUUUCAAAGUAUUGUAGCUGAGGAUACUUUGGAUUUCUAUUUAAGCUAUUUCCCAGAGCUCAAGGAAAAGAAUAUUGAAAAAAUACCAGGGUUUGAAUUUGACUGCUGGUUGAACACUCCUGGAUGGCCACCUUACCUACCAGACCUUUCAUCUGGUGAUACUCUGAUGACACCUGCAGAAGACUUAGCAACUCUGUGGCUAGCUGCAGAUCUGAAUAUGCAUGCGAUCAAAGCCAUUGAUAUGUCAUCAUGGAAAACAUACCAGAUUGUGUACUUCCUUGAUAAACUCUUGGAAAAAUCACCUUUACCCCAAGGUAAUAUUGCAAAGUUGGCUGAAAUGUAUCCAAAAAUAUCCAAGGCCAAGAAUGCUGAACUGCGUUUUCGCUGGGUGCAGAUUGUUAUAAAAAAUAACUACGAGGAUGCAUUUGAUGAACUCCAGAAUUUCCUCCAUAGUCAGGGAAAACAAAAGUAUACUGUUCCGGUCUAUCGAGUGAUGUGGUCUCAAAAUGAAAAGACACGUAAACUGGCACAGGAGGUUUUUGCAGCCACAAGCAAACAGCUGCACAAAAAUGUUCAAAAUUACGUGAAGAAAAUUUUUGUCUAACAUGUAUGAUUUAUCCUAUAAAUGAAGUUUUAAAAUUCUUAAAUUUUCUACUUUACACUUUUCUUACUUCCCAGCACACUUUUGAAUAUUUAUAAUUCAAAAUGUACUGCUGUUAAGCAUAAUUAUGCCUUCAAAUUUAUAUUUAUAAAAUCAGGUAAAACAGUUUUUGAAUAUGUAAUCUCUUUGCCAUUGUAGUAUGAACAUUUUUGUCUUUCAAUAAGGAUAACAGUCCUCAACUUGGGUAUUUUCCUAAAUAGGUUUGACAAGUUAAAACUAGUAAAUUCAACUGUUUGUUGAUCCCACUGGUUCACUUGUAAUCACUUUUACAGUAACUUUUAACUUCGAAAAUUAAAGGUGUUUCAAAGAAAUAUAACCAAGUUGGAAUCCUGAACUAAGGUGCUAGCAUCUAACCAUUUUGAUCUCUUUAGAGAGUGCAUCAAUUUAGCAUAUUCAAAUCUUUGUCUUUUCAAUCUAAUCACCUAGUUGUGAAUGAGCUUCAGAACCAUAUGAUGUAAAAUUGCUUUUGCCAGUUGCCUGUAGGAAUGAUAAAGAAUGUUGAGAGAAUCGUUACAAAAAAGCUUGGCUAUUUCUCCUACGAGUUUGUCAACAGCCAAUAGACUUGUCCACCAUUCAAGGUCCAGACCAGAAAACCAUGUACGAUGCUCUUAAAUUUAUAGAAAUUUCUAAAUUUUACAAAAUGUAUAUCACAUUUAAAAAUGCACAGCAAAGUAAAGUACAAAACAUUGUGACUUUCAUGAAGAAUGAGACUUCCUGAAGCAACUUUGAGGGGACAAAAUUUAUAACAAGCUAAGAUUUUUAGAAUUCCAAAUUUAGUUUUUCCUAUGUAACAUGUGGCCUUCUAACUGUUGCAGUAAUAACAAUCAUUUUACCAGCAAUGAAAAAAAUAACUUUCAGGCACCACACCACAGCAAAAUUUUGAAAAUGUGUUCUUGGAAGGAAUGUAAGCUAUCCUUUAAAUGAGGGGCACAGUGGUUCUCUGAUAUCAUGAGUAGCUGUUCCAUGGUCAUUGGUCACAACAAUUCAGACAAUUGACUCACCAAACUACCUGCUCCUCGAAGUCCUUGCAAAGUGAUAUUUUCUCCAGGUGGAUGAUGGACCAGAAGAGGAGGAGUAAGAGUUCCCAACUUUUAUUUGAUCAGCACAUUUCAUGCCUGUCUGUCCUCCGAUGUCCGUGAACAAUCCCCACAUUAUGGUUAUACUUUGUCGAAAAGUGUGGUGAUGGAGAAGGCACAGCGGGUCAGUCAGCAUCUGAGGAGCAGGAGAGUAGACGUUUCAGGCAUAAGCCCUUCAUCAAGAAUUUGGAUGGGGAAGGAAGCUGAAAGAUAAAUGUUGGGUGGAGCUGGUGGGAAGGUAAUAAGUGGGUGCAGUUGUGAAGUAUUUGUGACAGGUCGAUAGGGGGAUGGAGUGGGUAGAUGGGAAGAUGGACAGGUGGGAGAGGUCAAGAUGGUGUUGCUAAGUUGGGGGGUUAGAUCUGGGAUGAGUUGGAGGGAGGGGAGGUUUGGAAACUGGUGAAGUCAAUGUUGUGUGGUUGUAGGGCCCCAAGGUGGAAGAUGAGGUGUUGUUCCUCCAGUUGAUGGAUGGCUUUGAUUUGGCAAUGGAGGCGGCCCAGGGCUUGCAUGUCCUUCAGGUAGUGGGAGGACGAGUUGAAGUGGUUGGCCACAGGACAGUGGAACUGACGGGUGCGUGUCCCAGAGAUGUUCCUUGAACUGCUGUCUCCUCGGUGUACAGGAGACCACAUAAUGAGUAGCGGACGUAGUAGAUGAGGUGGGUGGACGAGCAGGCAAAUUUAUGGCAUAUUUGAAAUGAUCCAUUAGAGCCUUCGUUGGAGGUUUUACACCUCAUGCAGCGACAGGGGAAGGUGCUGGGCGUGGACAUACGAGGGAAUCCUGGAGUGAGUGGUCUCUGUGGAAUGCAGAUAGGGACGGGGAGAGAAAUGUAUCUUUGGGGUCUAACCAAAGGUGGCAGAAAUGGCAGAGGGUAAUGCAUUGUAUCCAGUGAUUCAGGGGGUAGAAGGUGAGGAUCGGGGGGAUCUAUCUCUAUUGCAGUUGGACGAGUGGGAUGCAAGGGUGGAGGUGUGGGAAGUGGAGGAGAUGAGCUGGAGGGCAUUGUUGAUCACAUGGGAGGGGAAAUUGCAGUUCUUGAAAUAGGAGGACAUCUAGGAUAUCCUGGAGUGGAAUUGUUUCUCCUGGGAGCAGAUCUGGCAGAGGUAAGGGAAGUGGGAGUAAGGGAGUACAUUUUUACAGGAGGGGUGGUGGGAAGAGGUGUAGUCAAGGUGGCCUUGGGAGCCAAUGGGUUUGAAAUAGAUGUCCAACUCUGAUUCUCCAGCAUCUGCAGUCCUCACAUUCCCCUUAUAUACUUUUCUUUGUCUAAUGAACUAAUGUAUUAAAUUUAAACUGCUGCUUCUAAAGAAACUCAAACUGCCAGAAUUAGAUAAUGAUCAUGAAUAAAAAAAAACAUUCAUUUUAAAA